AGCGCGUCAGUUUUGAAGCUAAGCUCUCGCUCCCGAUUCAUUCUUCGCUGGGUUUUUCGUAAGUGAAAAAGUGGAAAUAAGAAAUGGCUGACGAUCAGGCUCGUGGGCGCAGGCGUCAACUUGAUGAAGAUGAACCAACCACUUCACGAGGAAGUAGAGAUGAGCCGCGGAGCAAAAUAUACAAAGGGUCUUAUUCGGGGGGUUCGAGAUCAGGUCCACUCGUUCCUCAUAAUCAAGAGAGAGCCGGAGGUAGCCAGGUACCAGCUGCAGCUCCCAGGCAAGAAAGACGUGAGGAAUGUGGUCCUGCAGAUCGUGGACCGAGGGGUGAUCGUUUUGACAUCGUAAAUACCCGUCCUGCUGAAUUAGUAUCUAAAUUGGGAAAGGAUGGAAGGCCGAUUAGGCUGCAAACGAACUUCUUUCGCAUAAAAACUAAGCCGGAGUGGCGUAUCGUGCAUUACCACGUCGAAUUCGAGCCGAGCAUCGAGAACCCACGCGUCCGGAUGGGAAUCUUGUCGAAUCACGCGAGCUUCUUGGGAUCUGGUUACCUCUUCGACGGGUUGCAACUGUUUACCACUCGGAAAUUCGAGCAGGAACUUACCGUGCUGCGUGGAAAGUCUAAGCUUGACAUUGACUACACAAUAUCGAUCAAGUGCGUAGGAUUUAUAUCGACAGCGGAGCCUCGCUUUUUGCAGGUUCUGAAUCUAAUUUUGCGUCGCUCCAUGAAGGGCUUAAAGCUGGAAUUAGUCGGUCGCAAUCUCUUCGAUCCCUACGCUAAGAUCGAAAUAAGAGAGCACAAAAUGGAACUGUGGCCGGGCUAUGAAACAUCGAUCCGCCAGCAUGAAAAAGACAUUCUAUUGUGCACCGAAAUAGCUCAUAAAGUGAUGAGAACUGAAACCAUUUAUGAUAUAAUGCGACGUUGCUCACAAAACCCGUCUCGGCACCAGGAUGAAUUCCGUUUGAAUGUUUUGGAUUUGAUCGUUCUUACAGAUUACAAUAACAAAACUUACCGAAUCAAUGAUGUAGACUUUGGGCAAACCCCAAAGUCAACGUUCAGUUGCAAGGGGAGGGAUAUCAGUUUUGUGGAGUACUACCAGUCGAAAUAUAACAUUCGCAUACGGGACCAUAAUCAGCCUCUGUUGAUAUCGAAAAAUAGGGACAAGGCUCAGAAAACUAAUGCCAGUGAAUUGGUGGUUCUUGUUCCCGAGCUUUGCCGCGUGACUGGGAUCAAUGAUAACAUGCGCUCGAACUUUCAGUUAAUGAAAGCCAUGGGUGAAUACACACGUAUGAAUCCCAAUAGACGCAUUGAUAGAUUGCGCACUUUCAACCACCGCUUGCAAAACACUCCUGAGAGUGUUAAAGUGUUAAGAGACUGGCACAUGGAUAUGGACCAGAAUCUAACUGAGGUACAAGGCCGCGUAAUUGAACAGCAAAAGAUCGUGUUCCAUCACGGAAAGGUUCCUUCUGGAGAAAACGCUGAUUGGACAAGAAGUUUCAGAGACCAAAAGAUGCUCACCACGCCCAGCGAAGGAAUCGAUCGCUGGGCUGUAAUCGCACCAGAGAGAAACUCUUACGAACUAAAAAUUCUGUUAGAGAAUUUGUUUAGGGCAGCUAAUGGAAUGGGCAUGAAAUUCAGAAGCCCCCAUGAAGUCAAAAUUUAUGACGAUCGCACGGCAACUUAUGUGCGAGCUCUGGAUGAUUGUGCUCGCAUGGAUCCCAAACUUAUAUUAUGCCUUGUUCCCAACAACAACGUUGAAAGAUACUCGUCGAUUAAAAAGAGAGGAUAUGUUGAUAGAGCUGUGCCAACUCAAGUUGUCACGAUUAAAACGGCCAAGAAUCGUGGCCUUAUGAGCAUUGCCACCAAAAUAGCAAUCCAAUUAAAUUGCAAGUUGGGAUAUACUCCGUGGAUGAUCGAGCUGCCAUUGUCUGGGUUAAUGACAAUCGGUUUUGACAUUGCGAAGAGUACACGUGAUCGCAAGAGGGCUUACGGAGCAUUGGUCGCUUCCAUGGAUCUCCAGCAGAACUCCACGUAUUUCAGCACUGUCUCGGAGUGCAGUGCUUUUGAUGUGCUGUCCAACACCCUUUGGCCAAUGAUAGCAAAGGCCCUGCGGCAGUAUUCGCGAGAGCAUAAAAAGUUGCCUACGCGUAUUGUAUUUUAUCGAGACGGCGUUAGCUCAGGCUCUCUAAAGCAGCUGUUUGAGUAUGAAGUAAAGGAUAUUGUGGAGAAGUUGGACGCUGAGUACAAGCGGGCCAGUAGCGAACCACCGCAGCUGGCUUACAUUGUGGUCACCAAAUCGAUGAACGCCCGAUUCUUUGCCAACGGGCAAAACCCCCCGCCUGGAACUGUAGUUGAUGACGUUGUAACUCUACCAGAGCGGUAUGAUUUUUACCUGGUAUCGCAGCAAGUUAGGCAGGGAACAGUGUCGCCGACCAGCUACAACGUGGUUUACAGCAACAUGGGAAUCAGUCCGGACAAAAUGCAGAGGCUUACCUACAAAAUGUGUCAUUUGUACUAUAACUGGUCAGGCACCACACGUGUGCCGGCCGUAUGCCAGUAUGCUAAAAAACUUGCUACCCUUGUCGGUACAAACUUGCACGCUAUUCCGCAGAAUGCUCUCGAAAAGAAGUUUUAUUAUCUAUAAAUUGAUAUACCUAAGUUUGAGUUUUGAACGCAUAUAGGCAAAGAAAGAAACUAGCCUUUUUUGUUUUACCAAUAUUAUCUUAUUUUCUUUAGGCAUUUAAGUAUAAAAGCAAUUCGAUUUGCACAAAAAUUAUGUUCCAAAAGCCUUGGAUGGAAAAACUAAUAUCAUUACUGCAUACAAAAAUACAUUCGACUUAUACGUCUGGUAUUAAAUCUUAACAAAAAUAAAAUCUGUUAAAUAUUUAAAUAAACAAUAAAAAAAUACAUCAACUCCACAAAAA